GUUUAAAGUAAACUAUUUGCUGACACACAGCAGUCUGCUACCAAAAUGCAUUAUUUAGGUCUUGUAGAGACAGCAUGGCUGAAUCAAAAAGCUUCCGCAAGUCACAGUUACCUAAAAAGCAUCCAAUGAGCAAGGAUUUCUGGCUGAACAAUCCUUGUUAAGCAGCUGAAAGACCAAUUCAAGAAUCACACACAUUUAGAUGUCAAACAGCUGAAAGGAAGCAAUUAAGCCAUGUCACGCGUUAGGCUAGCUGCCACCAUCAGAGCGUGCUUGUAGCCAUCCAUUACAGUGACCGACCUGUCCACUUGCGUAUGCACUCUUACAGCAUGUAUAAUCUGAUACAAUGACCAAACCAACCUCCAGAUCUUUUUCAUAGAUGCAAAAAAUCUGUUAUACAUUGUAGCAAGCAGUAAAUCCAUCUGAAGCUUGAAAUUGACCAUGUAGGUAAAAAUAAUUGCAUGGAUAAAGGUGAAGCAUCACUCCAAGAUAAAAAUGGUAUGGAGAAGCAGCCAGUCACAGUAUGUACCCUUAUCGUCUUCCGGUCAAGGAGGUACAAGCAUCUACUUAUCCUUAACAGUAAUGCAUAGUUGUGUUGAGUAAUUGGGCAGUAGGUCUAAACCUGCCAUUUUGGAUGUUAAAAGGGAAUAAAGAGCCUAAAAGAUGUCCCACUCUUAAUAUCAACUCAGUCUGCUCGGAAGAUAUCAGAAGCAAGAAAGUUGUAUUUAUCUAAGCCGACUAGUUCCCUGACAGCACCUCUCUUCCCAUGAAACGCCAUGCUCUUCUUCAUCCACAAGUACUUCAGAAGGCUGAUGAAGGCUACUGGAGGAGACAAAGAAAGCAACAAGCAUGAACAAGGAGGUGAAAAUAAGAUAGAGGAGCCCUCUGAGGCAUGUGCCACCGGCUGCUGUUCCAUACCUUUACUAAAUCUGGUUGAAUCCGGCAACACAAAGCGGCAGAGGAGAGCCACCACCACUAGGAUCUCACGCUUGAACUUUGUGAAGCUGACGACAGAUUCCAUCUUCCCAAACACCAACUUUGUCAACGACGAGUCCCUGCCUGCCUUUCCUGAUGCCUUCUCCAGCUUCAUCACAGUCUACCCACAGUAUGGUGAGACACAGCAAGCAGAUCACAUCAGGAACAGCGAAUAUUAUCAUCUCUCGAGCCAUGUCUGCCUCGACUAUACUGGAUUCAGCCUAUUCUCCCACACACAAAUGCACUCCUCUGUAGCAUCCUCAUCCUCUAAUCCUCCACCUUCGACCCUCUUGCAGCCUCCAGUCUUCAGCAUCUCUUACCAGUCAGCAAGCUUGAAAUCUCAAGUGCAGUAUGGGAACCAGGAUACUGCUCUGGAGUCGUCAAUUAGGAAGAGAAUCAUGCAUUUCCUCAACAUACUGGACGAUGAAUACAGCAUGGUCUGUACUGCAAACAGGAGUACAGCUUUCAGGCUGUUGGCAGAAUCCUACCCAUUCCAUGCCAACAAGGGGUUGCUAUGUGUAUAUGAUUACGAGAGCGAAGCUGUGACUGCAAUGAUCGAGAGCGCCCAAAAGAGAGGAGCCAAAGUCACGUCUGCUAGCUUCUCAUGGCCAAGUCUGAGGAUUCAUUCUGGGAGCUUAAUGGAGAAGCUAAGCAAGAGAAAGAAAAAGAAAAGAGGACUAUUUGUCUUCCCACUUCAAUCCAGGAUUACCGGGGCCAGGUAUCCUUACCUAUGGAUGACUGUGGCCAAGGAAAACGGAUGGCAGGUUGUGCUGGAUGCAUGUGCUCUGGGGCCGAAGGACCUUGACACCCUUGGACUGUCGCUGAUCCAACCAGACUUUAUCAUCUGCUCUUUCUUCAAGGUGUUCGGUGAAAAUCCAUCUGGGUUCGCAGGGCUCUUCAUCAAGAAGUCCAGCAUUGCAAUGUUGGAGCCAUCAACGAUCGCCAGGAGCAUUGGAAUAGUCAGCAUCAUCCCAGCAAGAAGGCUGUCACAGCAGACCGAUGAUUAUUCAGGAACAGACUUGGAUGCUCACUCGUCCAGAAACCAAUUCGAGGAGGAUGAUAUCGAGACAAUUAGUUCAUUCUCUGGUCCAAUUCCUACACAGAUCUGUAACGGUUCUGCUGGUGCAGAUGAUGUGUUCGGUGAAAGUGCUGUCACAGAAAAACAAAAGCAAGUCAAGAAGUCAAACCAGGGUGAGAGUUCCAAAGCACAAGAUGAGAAAGAAGAAACAUCAUCAAGUAUAGUAGAACUAGAAUUGGACCAUUCUAUGCAAGCAGAGGAGACCACGUCUGGAGCAGACAAGAGUAUGGAGAUUGUGUGCAGAGGAUUAGACCAUGCAGACUCACUGGGUCUGCAACUCAUCAGCAGCAGACUGAGAUGCAUCACCAACUGGUUGGUCGUUGCUUUGAAGAAGCUGCGGCAUCCUCAUUCAGAAAGUGGCCAUUCCCUGGUUAAAAUAUACGGUCCACGAAUAAAAUUUGACAGGGGACCUGCAUUAGCUUUCAAUGUGUUUGACUGGAAAGGAGAGAAGAUCAAGCCUGCAUUGGUACAAAAGCUUGCUGAUCGAAGCAACAUUUCUCUUAGUUGUGGAUUUCUGAAUAAUAUUUGGUUUGCAGACAAAUAUGAAGCAGAGAAGGAUAAAGUCUUGGAGAGAAGAUCAUCCUGUGAAAUAACAAUUGCAGGUAACAAAAAGAAAGAAAAUGUUAAUAUGGGAAUAAGUGUCGUAAAUGCUUCCCUCAGUUUCCUCACUAACUUUCAGGAUGCUUAUAGACUAUGGACUUUUGUUGCUAAGUUUCUAGAUGCAGAUUUUGUUGAGAAGGAAAGAUGGAGAUACAUGACUCUGAACCAGAAAAUGAUUGAGAUUUAGUAUGAUUGAGCUGGAUUGUCUGUAGUUGUCUGUUUUCUGCUUGAAGUUUCCACAGAGCACUGAAUAGUGAAUAUACAUUCUUUUACCGUACUACCUUGUUCAGAUAAAAAAGUAUUGAUUUGGG